CUGCACAAACGAUAUUCAUUGCUAAGGCUGGAUCCGCUGAUUUCGGUGCUAUGGCCGAGAUACGACCCAAGCUUGUGAACGGGUCACUGCAAGAACUACUCAUGAUUGAAAUGAUGGCCAUGACGCAUCGCUUGACAGAUGCACAAUUGGCGCGUCCUGUGCUUGAUGUUGCUGUUCGCGUGGCAGCAGCAGAGCCACAAGAGCAAAAUGACGACACAGUCAGCUCGAUUGCUCCAGCGAGUGUGCCUAUGGAUACAGAUGUGGCUGCGCUUGCGCGGCAAGACGAGAUUGAGAUAAAGCUCGAGAUGUGCGGCUAUAGACUAGGUCAUGGGCUCGCAGAGCGCUUCUCAAAAGACCGCCCACUGCUACUUGAUUCGCUCGAUUGCAUCAAGUUCCUGUGCAAAGAUCUAUGGAUGCUCUUGUUCUCUAAGCAAAUCGAUAAUCUCAAGACCAAUCAUCGCGGCGUCUACGUCUUGACUGACAACAAAUUUCGUUGGUUUUCAAAGAUGAGUUCACGGGCUGGACGGCCAGAAACAGAUAAAUUAGCGUCUCUUUAUCUAUGGUUCCCAUGCGGCAUGAUCCGUGGUGCGUUGGCCAAUCUUGGCCGUGAGUGCACAGUGGUUGCCGAGUCUCCCAACGGCGUGCCAAGCAUUACUUUUCAAAUCAAAAUGCUGGCAAAGGAGGAAUAACGAACAUCAUGACGAGAGGCAAGAUACUGCA